AUGCGCGCUCCUUCCAUGCGCGUCUUACUCGCCCUCGCGGCGGUCCCCGCCGCGGCGGUCCCCCGGUCGUCGUGGGUCAAGCGCGCCCGGAAGGCGCGCGCGGGUCCCCGCGCGGCGCCGGACUUUGGGGCGCCGGAGACGACGCGGCCGAACGCGCCGACGGAAGACUACAAAACUUCCGCGCUCGCGGACGCAGCCGACGCGUCCUACACGCUGGGCCGGAGGCUCGGGUUCCUGCGGGACGUGCGCGACGGGCGGUCGCUCCAGGACGUCGACGACGAGGCGUGCCUCGAGGAGUUCGUCGCGUGCGAACAGGACGCGGCCGGGUGCCUCGCGUGCGUGCUGGAGAUCAUGGAGCACGAGGAGGGCGACGUCGAGGUGCCCGCGGACUUCACGGACUGGGACUGCGACGGCGUCGUGUCCUUCCUCCACACGAUCCACGUCUGCGAGGACCUCGAGGCGCGCGACGACGCCGCGCAAAAGGUCUGCGGCGUCUGGGCCGCGUGCGCGACGGAGGUCCUCGACGACGACGCGGCGACGGCCGCGCCGGCGCCGGCGCCCGUCCCCGCCAACUGCUCGGCGACGGCCUGCGAGGUCCCGCACGCCGCGUGGCUCGGCGACGGAGCCUGCGACGCCGAUAUCUCGCAGUGCUACAACACGGCCGCGUGCGGCUGGGACGGCGGCGACUGCUGCGAGGCCACGUGCCGGGACACGGCGACGCGGACCUGCGGCACGGCGGCGCCCUACGUCUGCAAGGACCCGGACGCGCAGGGCUGCGGGAGCCGCGCGGCCGCGGAGAUCGAGCUCGAGGGCGGCGCGGGCGCGUACGACUACGCGCUCUACAGCGUCAUCCUCGACGGCUUCGCCGCCGUGAGCUCCGGCUCCUACGCCGGCGAAACGUCGACGACGCCGGCCUGCCUCGCCGACGGCUGCUACGUCAUGGAGGUCAAGGCCGACGACACCUACAGCUCGGACCCGCGGUGGGCCGUCAAGAAGAAGGACCCGCAGAGCGGCGCCCUCGUCAUCGCGGCGUCGGGCGGCGGGCCGGCGGUCUGCACCUUCCCCGUCGGCGGCGGCGUCGAGGAGUACUGCCCCGCGGGCUGCGUCGACGAGACGGCGGCCAACUGCAACGACGCGGACCAGUACGUCAUGGCGAUGACGGACGCGGGCUGGAACGGCUGGGGCUUCGUCGGGUACCGCGUCCACAAGCACGACGCCGCGGGCGAGGCCGGCGAGGAGAUCCGCGCGGGCACGCUCGCGAUGGGCCAUUUCGGCGUCGAGCCCAUGUGCAUCCCGGACCCCGGGUGCUACACGGUGACGCUCGAGUGGGGCUGGUGGUCCGAGGAGGUGUCCUGGGAGCUCGGCAAGCGCGGCGCCGGCGCCGUCGCCGCCGGCGGCGCGCCCGCGCAGUGCGACUUCUCCGUCGGGGUCACGGACGCGGGGCAGCCGUUCUGCCCGUCGACGUGCGCGCCGGCCGACGACGCGACGACGGACGACCACCUCAUCACGGGCGGCUGCGACCCCGACGACGCGUCGAAGCUGCCCUACGCGCUGGAGAUGUACGACGCCGACGGCGACGGCUGGGGCGGCGUCCGCUACACGAUCACGGACGAGGCCGGCGCGGAGACGUCCGGGUCGCUCAACUUCGGCUUCCAGGGCCAGGACGAUUUAUGUCUGGCGCCGGGCUGCUACGACUUCUCCUUCCCGCCGCGGUCGUCCCAGAGCCGCGCCGCGGGCUGGGCCCUCGGCGACGUCACGGAGGGCGGCGUCGUCUUCUCCGGGUCGUCGUCCGCGUCGUGCGUCUUCGCCGUCGGCGGCGGCGAGUGCCCCAGCGGGCCCCACACGAAGGAGGCCUGCGGCUUCGACGGCGUCGAGACGCCGCCGCCGACGUCCGUCUUCGAGUGCGACGCGUCGCAGGCUCUGGCGGUCAUGCGCGUCGUCGAUUCCUGGGGCGACGGCUGGAACGGCGCGGACUUCACGAUCACGGACGCCGAGGGCGCCAUCGUCGGCUCGGACACGCUGCGCGACGGCGCCUACGCCGAGUUCCCCUACUGCGUCGACGGCGGCUGCUACAACGCGGCCGUGUCGUCGGGCGAGUGGCGCGAGGAGGUGUCGUGGCAGCUCGUGGAGCUGCUGCCCGACGGCACGUCCCUCGUGCGCGCCCACGGCGCGGCGCCGGAGCAGUGCGGCUUCGCGCUGGCCGCGGGCAACGGCGAGGCGUCGAUCGUCCACUGCGACACGGCCUGCGCGACGCAGCGCGCGGCGUCCGACGACUGGAAGGGCAUCGGCGACGACGACUUCUGGAACCCGGGCUGGGACGACGCGGCGUCGGGCUACGCCUACGACUACGGCGACGGCUACGCGCCCAACUGCGAGAACGGCGACGACUGCGGCGUCUUCGACAACUUUGCGGGCUGGGCCGCUGCGUCGGCGAUCGUCGACUGCCUCGACCAGACCGUGCCGGACCGCGCGGGCGACGACCCCUUCGUGCCCGAGCUCUGGGCCGACCGGCCCGAGCUCUGCGAGGGCACCUACGACUUUGGCGAGCUCGACGCGUUCGAGGCGUGCGCCAAGGAGCUCGAAGAGGGGGUCGGCGACGUCGACGCGCAGCACGCCAAGGCCAAGGCCUGCAUGGCGCUCCUCGUGUCCGCGGCGCCCGACGGGUCCGAGGACCUGGAGUCCGACGACGAGCUCGUGAAGCGCCUGGCGACGAUGGUCUACUACGCGGGCGACGUCGGCUUCUGCGACUGCGCCACGAACGAGGAGGCCAUCCCGGCCUGCAACGACUUCGCCGACUUCCGCGCCGUCGUCCGCGAGGCCCACGAGGCCUGCGACGCCCUCGACGCCAUCGACUGCGCCUACCUCGGCGCCUACGCGGCCGAGUGCGAGACGGGCCUCGUGAACAAGUUCGGCGUCCUCGACCUCGCGUCUCCCGACCAGUGCGCCUACGUCGACGACGACGGCUGCGGCGGCAUGGCCAUCCCCGCCGUGCGCAAGUGGGACUGCCUCUUCGACGACAACUACGAGCUCACGGCCGCGCAGAAGACGUUCGUCCUCGACGUCGUCACGUACUGCGUCGACGGCGACACCGACGACGGCGCGUCGCCCACGCGGACCGACGACUACGUGCCGCCGGACCACAAGCUCACGGACGACGACGCCCACGCCUCGUCCCACCGCUCCGACGACGACGGCGCCGCGCCGCGCGCGAACCCCGUCGUCGUCGCCUUCUCCGUCAUCGGCGUCGCCGCGGUCCUCGCGGCCAUCGCCUUCGUCUUCUACAAAUACAUCUACAAGCAGAGCGACGCGAGGCCAGGCCGCGACGGCAACGCCUACGGCGUCGCCUUCGCGCCCCUCGGCCGCGACGACGACGACAACGCGUACGUCGCGCCGGGCGGCGUCUGA